AUGGAGAAACCUAGUGGAUGGUUUUUCAAGAGAUUGAUCUCGGCUCCAGACAUGGGUGUCUAUGCAUGGGCCGGUGUGAAGACUUUAUUACUUUUCAAAAUCCCACCACUAUCUUGGACGAUGCGGCCACUGCGCUUGCCAUGGCUGUUGAAAAAGCCAGCGGAGACCGUUUACACCAGGAUACUCGCGGUCAUGUGGUUGAUUCUGAUUCAGAGCUACACAACAACCUUGACAUCGAUGCUAACUGUUCAAGAGCUCCGCCCGACUCGGAGAAACUUGGAAGAUCUGAAGAAGAGUGGAGAGAACAUUGGAUACCAAAGAGGAUCUUCUACAUUUGAGAUGAAACAGAUGGGUUUCGAUGAAUCUAGCUUAAUAGCUUAUGAUUCUCCAGAAGAAAUGCACGAACUUUUCACGAACCAGGGCUUCAAUGGCAGUAUAGGUGCUGCAGUCGACGAAGUUCCUUACGUCAAACUUUACACGGCGAAACAAGUGAUUGGGCCUCGAUUCAAAGCCGACGGAUUUGGCUCGUAACCAUUUCCAGUGGGUUCACCAUUAGUUCCCGAUAUUUCCAGACAGAUAUUGAAUGUGACAGAAGGAGACACCAAAUGGUUCACUGGAAAAGGGGGAGAUUGCCCAGAUUCAGACCCAAACUCAUCCAAUUCUCUGACCAAACUCGAUUUUGAGACCUUCUGAGCUCUCUUCGCUAUUGUCUUUGCUGUCUCAUUGUUCCUACUUGUCACUAUGUCAACCUGCCGAAGGCACCAAGACGAGCAACGCCAAGUGGCUCAGGACCGCCAAGAUCCUGAACAAGGCAACCGAAGAAAUGACCAAGAACCUGUCCCGUCCGGAGAUAAUGACCAAAACAGCCCGAGAAAUAUCCAUGGUCAUGAUGGCCAGGAGGAUCCUGUCCAUGGCCAAGAAAACUGACCACAAGUGGUAGACCGUGAAGCUGUUGUUGGCCAAGGCCAAGGUGUUUCAGAAGGGCAUCAACCAGUUUCUGUUGCUGAAAUCGAAAUGAUGGGUACAAAAGCUGUUGGUAAAAACUCGAGCUCGAGGAGCCGAAGAUCAAUGCGACGUCAUAGAAGCCUCGACAGUCCUAACAUGCCCGAGCUACCCAGCCGAUACCUGGUUUUUGAGAUACUAAGUCUAUUAAUAAGAUAUUGGUUUAUCGAAUUUUUCUGAUCGUUAAGAAGUUACAAAUUUGGUAAUCUUUCUCCUUCUAAACACUAAGCGUCUAUUUUGUAACCUUGCUGAAUUUCUAU